CACGACACCAGCACUUCCGGAUUGGAAGGCAGCGGGUGACGCGUUUGGAAGUUUCCCUAUAGGAGUAAAAUGGAAGGAGAAUCAAGCAGAUUGGAAACCCACACUCCAGUUUUCAUCAAGAAGAAGAAAAAGACUAAGCAUUCUGUACAUAAGGAGAGACAUGGGAGGCGUCCCCAUGAAAGUUUCAGAGACUCCCCCCUGGCAAAUGAACAGGCUGACAUAACUAAGGGUAAAAAAAAGAGAAAGGAUGCCCAGCAUCUUGUCUCUUCUCCUUUGAAAAAAUCAGAAAUUUGUGAUGAGACCGAAAAGGCUACUUCUGUACCCAAAAAGAAUAAAAAGAGAAGAAAAGGUGCUUUGGGAGUCGAUGAGGAAACAGGUAUUGCGUACGUCCUGGUGGAUAAGGAAAACAUUGAGAACACACCGAAGAAUUUUAGAAAGGAUGUCGAUGUUGUUUACAUUGAUGUAACCAAGGAGCAGAAGUCAACAAAAGGGCCUGAAGCAGAUGAACCGCAUUCACUUACCGAGUCACGUGAAAAUGAGUCAGACCUGCCUGAUAAAGUUCGGGAGAAAAAGCAUAAAAAACAUCGGAGGAAAGUCGCAUCCUGUGAUGCUGUCCAGGAAAGUCUGGGUGCAAGUAUCACCCUGCCCGGAUCAGAAUCCCAAGAGCAGGAACCCCAGCCCCCCGUGGGCCAAGCAGGUGAAAUCGCACAACUACCAGUGUCUGCAGAUCAAAGCAAGUCUAAGAAAAGAAAGAGGAAGCAUCUAAAUGACCAGGAAUUCGAGGCCUUGCCUGCCCCUGAGAGCACUGAGAACGUGUACUCAGAGGGAUCGCAAGUGAUUGGUGAGGUCGGGACUGCAGGGGGCGGUCAGGAAUCCCGGGGCCUCAAGAGGAAGUCCAAGAAAAGGAAGAGACGAUCUUUUGUUGAUACUGCCGUGGCACCUGGCGGUGAUUUUUCAGUGCUCAGGACGAGCUCUGAGGACACGCUCUUUGAUUCAGUGGAAGGUGACGGUACCUUGAGUGAAGAAAGUGGGCAACCCAGGCCACGAGAGAAGAAACCCCACGCCUGUUCGGAAGAGGCGCAGAGAUUAGAACCUACAAAUGAAGAAGAAAGCAAUUUGGAGUCGGCUAAUGAUCCUGAAACCAAAUAUUUAUCUGAAGAUUCGAGAGAUUCAGAUAAUUCCGACGUAGAUUUGGACUCUGCCGUGAGGCAGCUCCAAGAGUUCAUCCCUGACAUCAGGGAGAGGGCCGCCACUACAAUUCGGCGAAUGUAUCGGGAUGACUUGGGUCGCUUUAAAGAAUUUAAAGCCCAGGGUGUCACUAUUAAAUUUGGCAAGUUUUCCGUGAAGGAAAAUAAGCAGUUAGAGAAAAACGUGCAAGAAUUUCUGUCUCUCACAGGAAUCGAGAAUGCAGACAAGCUGCUGUACACCGACAGAUACCCAGAGGAGAAAUCUCUAAUCACCGACUUAAAAAGAAAAUACUCGUUUAGAUUGCACAUUGGUAAGGGCAUCGCCCGGCCCUGGAAACUCGUAUACUAUCGAGCAAAGAAGAUGUUUGAUGUCAACAAUUACAAAGGCAGGUAUAGCAAAGGAGAUACCGAGAAGCUAAAGAUAUACCAGUCCCUCCAUGGAAACGACUGGAAAAAGAUUGGCGAGAUGGUGUCUCGAAGUAGCCUCUCUGUGGCCCUGAAGUUCUCCCAGAUCAGCAGUCAAAGAAAUCAUGGUGCUUGGAGCAAGACGGAGACCCAGAAACUAAUCAAGGCUGUUGAAGAAGUGAUUCUAAAGAAAAUGUCUCCCCAGGAGCUAAACGAGAUGGAUUCUGAACUCCAAGAGAAUCCUGAAGGCUGCCUGUCCAUUGUUCGGGAAAAACUCUACAAAGGCAUAUCCUGGGUAGAAGUGGAGGCUAAAGUGGAAACCAGGAAUUGGAUGCAGUGUAAAAGUAAGUGGACGGAAAUUCUAACCAAGAGGAUGACAAAUGGUCAGGACGUAUACCGGGGAGCUAAUGCCCUACAGGCCAAGAUCAACCUCAUUGAAAGGUUGUAUGAAAUAAAUGUGGAAGAUGUUAAUGAAAUAGACUGGGAAGAUCUUGCUAGCACCAUAGGGGAUGUUCCUCCAUCUUACGUCCAAACUAAAUUUUAUAAGCUGAAAGCUACCUGUGUUCCCUUUUGGCAGAAGAAGACUUUUCCAGAGAUUAUAGACUACCUUUACGAGACCAGUCUACCGUUGCUUAAAGAAAAAUUAGAGAAGAAGAUGGAGAAAAAAGGGACUGAGAUCCAGACCCCGGCAACCCCCAAGCCAGUCUUCCUGUUUCGAGACAUCUUUUAUUGUGACGAUGACAGUGAGGGAGAAGACGGAGAGGAAAAAUGUUAGGCGGAUGAUUCUCUCUCUUGUCCAUUUUUCUAGGUCUGGUUGUGUUUAUAUACGUGUCAAUAAAGCUAUUUUCACUAUUGAUUUUACUGAAGAAGGUGCGACAGCCAAGGGAAGGGUAUGAAAGU